AUGUCAAAGCCUUUCCAUCUGCAAAUACAUUCAGCUGUAUACGCGAAGACAGAGGAACACCACUACGACCGUGAUAGUGCCAGCAUCAGCCUCCAACUCAUCCAAGCUCUCUCUCAGCGUUUUUGGACUCUGUGGACCAAAUCCUAUCUCCAUACCCUCCAAACCCGCUCCAAAUGGCUUUCCACAUCCUCACCUCCUCAAGUUGGAGAGCUCGUCCUCAUCAAAGAGGACAAUCAGCCCCCGCUGCAAUGGAAACUUGGAAGGAUUAUCCGCACGUUACCCGGCAAGGAUGGAGUGAUCAGAGUCGUGGAUUUGGACACGAAGCAUGGAAGUCUGCGGAGACCUGUGUUCAAGUUAGCCAGGUUGCCGCUGGAUUCAGCACAUGAAGAAGUUCAGCCCCGGCCGCCCCAGGAUGUGUAUGUGCCACCCAUCGCAGAGGAACACCACUACGACCGUGAUAGUGCCAGCAUCAGCCUCCAAUGUCACAGGAUUGUGUGUUUAAUUUCAGCAUUCGUAUUGCGUGGGUUCGAGAGCCCGUUUUUAGCACCACGAGUGGUAGGCGGUGUGACUGUACCAGAUGGUCGUAUCCCUUAUCAGGCGUCUCUGCGAACACUCUUCAAUUCUCACUUUUGUGGCGGAAGUAUCCUUAACGAGAAAUGGGUCUUGACUGCCGCGCACUGUACUGUUGGCCAAUCACAUUUGACAAUGCAAGUUGUGGUUGGAACAAACAAUCUCCACAUAGGCGGCGAGCACCACUCCGUCGAGUCGAUCAUCAUACAUAGUGACUACAACAGCAUGGCCAUCAGCAAUGACGUCAGCCUGGUGAAGGUAUCUAAUGACAUCGUGUUCAAUGAUAACGUUCAGUCAAUACAACUGCCUGACGAUGACACGGACGUCGGAGCUGACGUCAUGCUGAGUGGGUGGGGGAGACUUUCGUAUCCAGGGGUAUACCCCAAUCACCUGCAAAUGCUAAAUCUAACAUCUCUGAGUGUGGAGCUAUGCCAGGAUAUCUUCGUUGGCAUCAACCCUGUAUUCUCGACUCAGAUAUGCGCCAUGACCAAGGUUGGAGAAGGAGCAUGCCACGGCGAUUCUGGUGGUCCGUUGGUGGAAGGAAACACGGUGGUGGGCGUGGUGUCCUGGGGUAUGCCCUGUGCUCGUGGCUACCCUGAUGUAUACUCAAGGGUCUUCGCAUUUAAAGACUGGAUAUUGGAGAAAAUGGAACAAAACUAACUUUUUUUUAAUAUCGGCGACUAUCUCGAUAAAGUUGCUCUAUUAAUUGUGUAUGAAUUUACCGAAG